AUGCCCCUUCUCUGCUUUCGCUUCCCGGUGCAUCGCCAUAAGGAUGACGACUGCGCCGAUAUAUUGAGCUCGUUGGACUCGCUCGAUCUCAGUAUUCAUCGGGCGUCUGCAGAGGAGCCCCCACCUCUGAGUCCCAAUGAAACCAAUCUAUUCGACACUUUCCCUCGAAUCGUGUUCGGUGGUUAUCGGCGGUACUAUGAGAGCAAUGCGGGGGUCAAAACGCCGCGCUGUCGAGAGAAAGCAUCUGUUGCGGGCGAAAAAGACCCUUGGAGUUGGCAUGAUCUUCCGCAAUUCACCGGAAAGCGGAGACGGAGACGGACAAGUUCCACACCGAGCAGCCACAAUACCCACUCCACCUCGUCGACUGAGCAAUCCCGGCCGCAACUGCGGGAAAAGCCACGGAUUCGGUCUUCGGGAGGCAAGCCGUUAGUUGACUUGUCCUACCCAUGGCCGGACUGGCUUUGGCCGGAUGCAGCGGGUCCCAAGCUUGGGAAUGCCGGGGUCGAACGCGAGAAGAAGAAGACUGACGAGACUGACGAGAAAAGUGACCAGACGCAAUAA